AUGACAGCUCUUUCAAAACCACACAAAGCAUCCACCACUUCUUAUGUGCUGUCCUCUGCUUGUGAACCUCCAAUUCUCCCAAAAGGCUACCUGCUUACUUCGGCAAAUUUUACUUUCGACUUCGACUCAAACCUGGUUGCGAUGUCAAAGCGCAAACUUAGGGAUGAGUGGCUGCUGAACCACGAUUUCAAACCUUGGUUGAACAGGAUUUACGGCAAUCCUACAGAAGCCUACUGUAGCAAAUGCCAUAAAACCCUAAAUGCAGAACUCACUACAAUCAGGCGACAUAUGAAAUCCCGAAGCCAUGAAAUGAAUACAUCCGACGAAAAUGACGCCCAGACCGACAAUGUUAAUGUUGGGGAUCAAAUUAAAUUGGCUACGAUAAUAAUGAUUUGUUUCCUUGCCGAACAUAACCUUCCUUUCCUGAUAGCUGACCAUCUGACAGAUCUGUGGGGAUUGCACUUGAAAAGAACUAAGUGCACCGAAUUGACAAAAAAUCUGGGUACGUGCAUCGCUGAUGAUUUAGUGUUAAAACUAGGAAAAUACAAAUUUUCAAUAAUCAUUGAUGAGUCGACUGAUGUCAGCACAACAAAAUGCUUAACUGUACUGGUAAAGUUUUUUGAUUUGGAAGAAGGUAAAUUGAAAACAAGAAUGUUGGACUUGAUCGACAUUUAUGGAGAUAAAGAUAAAAAAUAUGGGGCUUCCAACAUCAUGGGAGAGCGUAAUUCUUUGAGAGCCAAUUUGCCUGGACUUUCGGUCUUUAGGUGUAUAUGCCAUUCUGUACAUCUAUGUGCCUCUGAAGCUGCAAAGAUCCUCCCAAGGCAGUGUGAGGAUUUGAUUAGGCACAUAUACACGUACUUUGCACACAGUGCAAAACGCAAGUAUGAAUUUAAACAGUUCCAGACAUUAUUUGAAUUAAAACCACAUAAAAUUCUCCACGCUUCACAGACCCGCUGGCUCUCAUUACAUCAGGCGGUUGAGAGGGUGUUGGAGCAAUGGGAGGCAUUGCAGGAGUACUUUAAAAGCAUUGUAGAGGAAGAAAAGCUCACAUCAUUAACUCUCAUUAUUAGAGAUAUGAAUAACCCUGUAUAUUUAGAUGCAGCUGUUCACAGAUUUUUACAAAUGGAGAAAUAUUAUAAAAAUACAAAAGAUCCAGGGAGAUUAUGCCAUCACUACAACCACUUGUUGAAAGAUUGCCAAGGAUUUAUGAAGGGGACAUUCAAGUCCUCGAUAAUGAGUGGAGGACAUUGGACAGCAUACCAGUUCCUGAGGAAAUAA